GCAGCAGGAGGGAGCACAGAGAUGUUUGGAGGCUUUUCCUUUUUUUUUUUUUUAAUAUAAAAUUAUUUAUUUAAAUAAAAAUGGCCGCCGUGGAGAGCGGAGAGGAGAGACUAGAGGAGGGUCAAGAGGGUGAGGACGAACCUGUCGACCCCCAGCCUCCCACCAGAGAGAGAGCCAGGUCACACAGUAAGACCAAGAAGGCUCGCAGGGAACGUCGCCAUGCCGACCAGGGGGCGGAGAGCACCGCCUCGACAGCGGCUGGCGCAGAGGUGGAGUCACAGAGCCAGGGUUCGGAGCCAGUGGCCGGCCCGUCGGAGCCGGGGUCAGAGUCAGCGGCCGGCAGUGAGUCUGCGGGUUCUCCCAGGCAGCGGCGCUCCAUCAUUCGGGACCGCGGGCCACUGUACGAUGACCCGUCGCUGCCUGAAGGCUGGACCCGCAAACUCAAGCAGAGGAAAUCUGGACGCUCAGCGGGGAAGUUCGAUGUCUACCUGAUCAACUCUGAGGGAAAGGCGUUUCGUUCCAAGGUGGAGCUCAUCGCCUACUUCCAGAAGGUUGGGGACACAACCACUGACCCCAACGAUUUUGAUUUCACUGUUACCGGACGUGGAAGCCCCUCCCGACGUGAGAAGCGGCCCCCCAAGAAACCAAAAGUGGUUAAACCAUCGGGGCGAGGCCGCGGCAGGCCUAAAGGCAGCGGAAAGAUGCGCCAGGCAACGGAGGGCGUGGCCAUGAAGCGUGUGGUUGAGAAAACUCCGGGUAAACUGUUGGUCAAGAUGCCCUUCAGCAAGGCAGAGUCCACCACUGGUACCACCUCCACUGCCUCAAAGGUGGUGUCUCCUGCCCAGGUGUCCACCAAGUCCCGUCCUGGCAGGAAGAGGAAAUCAGAACAAGAACUUCCGGCUCCACCACAGACCACCCCCAAAAAGCGGGGCAGGAAACCAGCCUCCGCCACAGCAGCAUCAACUGUUGCCGUGGCAUCCUCCUCUGCAGCAUCAACCUCUGGUAGCUCAACAGUAGGGAGCUACGCUGCAGCCGCCAUCUUGGCCGCUGAGGCCAAACGGAGAGCGGCCAAGGAGUCUUCCACCAAACCUGUCGUCCAGGAAACAGCCCUGCCAAUCAAAAAACGCAAAACCAGAGAGACAAUAGAGGAGCCAGAGAGCGUUCAGACUCCAGCAGCUACGACAACUGAGACUGUAAGGAGGUCUAGUGCAGGUGGGGGGGAGGGAAGUACGGGGGAAGGAGCACCCCCAACCUCAGAGCCUCAGUCCGCCCCUUCCGAGCAGAGCCAGUCACAAUCACAGAAGCAGCCUACUGGUUCAGAGGAAAGUCAAACACAUGGACACAAAGUGCAUAAAGGGAGGAAGCACAAGGAGAAAUCGGGGAUCGCAGCAGGAGACGGAGGAAGCAAAGGAGAGGACGUAGGUGAAGAUGGAGGUGAAAAGGAAGGAGAAGGAGGAGGAGGAGCAGCAGGAGGAGGAGGAAGGAGUAGCAGCAGCAGCAGUAGCAUUAGUCCAUCAAAAAGCCACAAACGGAAGGACCGGCCACCUCACAAACACCACCACCAUCACCACCAUCACCAUCAUCAUCAUCGACACCAACAGUCUUCUGCCUCCACAUUAGAUCAGCCACCUCCUCCUCCUCCUCCUCCCCCUCCUCCUCCACCACCUCCUCCUCCUCCUGCUUCCUCCAGCCAGGCCAGACCUGAAGUAGAGCCGCAGACUACACCGUUACACCCCACCACCCAACAAUCCCAGCAAGCUCCUCCCAAAUCCCAAUCCAAGUCUGCUGCUCAGUCCCUGUCUGAGCCUCGGCAUCCUCCACCUCAACCACGCCACCCGCCCCAACCCCGUCCCCAACCACAGUCCCCCAGUCAGCCUCAAGCCCAGCCUCGUUACCCUGCACCCCAGUCCUCUCCUACCAAGCAUACCCAACCACAGCUACGGCCCCAACAACCCCAGUCCCAAACCCACAGUCAGCACCAGGCCUACCCCCAAAAAGCUCAAUCACAGCCUGUCCAAACCCAGCAUGCUCCACCUCAGUCACACCGUUCUCAGUCCCCAUCCAUCUCGCACGUCCAUCCGCCCCAGACGAGGCAUCAACAUCCGCAAACCCAGUCCGCCACAGCACUCCAACCUCAGACCCAGCCCAGGCACCCGUCUCAACCGCAAACUCAGCUCAAACAACUGUCUCAACCCCAACCCCGGCAGUCGAUGCAGCCUCAAAUCCAACCCACAGCCAGGACCCCAGCCCAACCUCAGACUCCACCCCAGUCCAGAACCCCAGCGCAAUCUCAGCCUCAACUCCAGUCCAGAACCCCUGUCCAAACUCAGCCUCAACCACAGUCCAGGUCCCAAUCCCAAACUCAGCCUCCAACCCAGUCCAGGACCCCAACCCAACCUCAGCCUCACCUGCAAUCCAGGCAUCAAGCACAGCCUCAACCGCAGACAAGGCACCCUUCGCAACACCAAGUUCAGACUCAAUACAGACCACAACCCAGACAGUCUCUCUCCCAACCUAGACCACCCCAGUCCCAGUCCCAAGCACAACCACACUUUCAGCGGAUUCAAACACAGCCGCGGCCCCACCCACAGCUCGCCAGGUCCCACCUGCAGCAUCUCUCGCCACACCGACCGUCUGUCAGCCUAAAUAGACCCAAUCCGGUCCCGUCUCAGCAAAACCAGAGCGAACAGCCCCAAGACCUGAGCACCACGCGGCCCGGCCGAGGAAGCCUGCUGCCAAGCCGGGAAGUCAGCGCGGAGGGGAGAGGGGGGCUGGCGGUGGCAUCAUCGGAAAGCAGAGAGAUUUUAGGAGGAGAAAGAGGGUCAAACAGCACCUCAAGACCUCCCGGCUCAAUGGCUUCUGGUCCUCCAGGAGGAACCGGGGCCGGAGUUGGUCUUGUGCCGGGGGCGGAGGGGCGGGCCAGACUCCGGGCGGAGCCAGAGGCAGCAGGUGAGGGCAGGGAGCUCAGAGACAUCGUCCCCCAGUCCGCCGUUCCCUGCCCCAGCCGUGAAGAGACCGUAGAGUCACGGACUGCCGUCAGCGAGAGAGUCAGCUGAUUGGUCGGGCUUGAUGAACAGGCUGACUGAUCGGUGGACUGACUGAGUCAGCACCAGGUGGAAGAGGAGUGUGACUGGGCUGUCCAUGGAGGAUUCAUGUUUUUACACUGUUUUCAGAUAGAAGGAUAGCGUCACACAGCUGGUAGGACGUUCUCAGAUUCUACUCCGUUUGAUUCUGUCUGGAGACUCUGUAAAGUUGUGGAUUUGAGAGCCGAAGCUGGCGCUGAGGGACAGCAGAAGAGAAGAACGGAUAGUGUCUUUUUAUAGGAAAAACAAAACGAAAAGGAAAAAUCGAUACAAAAAAAAAAAAAAAAAAGUGUGUGUGUAUAUAUAAUCAAAAGGCAGCUGUU